AUGACAUCCCAGAUCGAGAACCCCCCGCCCCCCCUCCCGGACGAGGAAGCCCACCUCAAGGCCCUGACGUCCGCCUCCAAGUUCUGGCUCGAGUUCUCCGUCUUCAACGACGGCCUGGACGCCCCGCGCGCGGCGUCCCUCACAUCCGCCGGCGCGGGGGCGCACGAGCACUUCCACCGCUUCCCGGACCUGCCCCCGGAGAUCCGCCUCAAGAUCUGGUCCUACCUCGUCGUCCCCCGCGUCGUGACGGCGUGCUGCUUCGAGCGGGACUCGCGCCUGCCGGCCCGCCGCCAGGCCUUCCUCGACCGCUCCGGCGGCGCCUCGAGGGCCGAGGAGCCGGCAAAGGAGGGCGUCGUCUUCAACCCGACGUGCCCCGUCAUCCUCCGCGUCUGCCGGGAGUCGCGCGCCCUGGGGCUGGAGCACUACGAGCUCGCCUUCGGGUGGAAGAUCUCGGCGCUGCUCAGCGACACGCCCAUCGCGCGGCCGCCGCGGGCGUGGUUCAACUUCCGCCUCGACUCGCUGUACCUCGUCGGCGAGCUGGAGGCGUACGACCAGUACGGCUUCAACUCGCCCAUGGUCUACUUCCUCAAGAGGGAAGACACCAAGAGGGUCAAGUACGUCGCGUGCGCCUUUGAGGAGCUGCACUACCCGGAGCAGGAAUCCGACCAGAUCUUUGGAUGCCUGUGGCACGUCGUGGAUAGGUUCUCCGGCGCCAGGCGGCUGCUGCUGGCCGUCACGCCGAGGGACGAGGAGGGGAUGAAGGGGUGUCUCAUGCUCAGCACGGAUAACGUGAUGCAGAAGAUCUGGAACGGCUGGAUAUUGGGCACGACCGUGACAACGUCCAGUCUGGCAGACACGCAGAUUCUACUGGUGAGGGAGUGUGACUUGGCGGACGCCAUGGCGUCGCAUGCUGAGGAGGAUGAGAACAAGAAAGCGAGACGGUAA